AUGUAAGGAACAUUAAUCAUUAGGCCAUUUAAGGCUAACUUAAGAAAAGAUACUGAAAUAUUUGGAAAGAUGGUACUAUAUUAUAUAUGAACAAAAAUAUUAGGAUCCCUUUGUAAUUGUUAAAAUGGGAAAUUAAAAUUAAAAUACAUCUGUCGCUAAUGAAGCUGGCAAAACUCCUGUUUGGAAUAAUGUUAUAACAUUCAGAAAAACGUAUGAAAACUUAAUUGAAUUUGAAGUUUGGGAUGUAAAUCUAUUAUUUUAUUCAGUACGAUUAAGGCUCAAAAAAUGAUUUAAUUGGUUAAGCUUCAUUCCCUAUUGCUUAAGUUGAACAGACAAGAUAAUUUUAAGGAGCCCUCCCUUUGAUGUAUAAAGGAAAAUCAUCUGGAGAAUUACACGUUAUAAUUGAAUUUAAUCCGGAUGGAUAGCCAUAAGGGUACCCUAAAUAACCCUAAUAAUUAGUUAUCCAUAAUAACCAGGAUAAUAAGGCUAUCCUCCCUAACCUGGUUAUCCUCCUUAACCUGGAUAUCCACCAUAAUAAGGUCAUCCUCCUUAACCUGGUUAUCCUCCAUAACAUGGUUAUGCUCCUUAACCAGGUUAUCCUCCUUAACCAGGUUAUCCUCCUUAACCUGGAUAUCCACCAUAAACAGGUUAUCCUCCUUAACCAGGUUAUCCUCUUUAACCUGGAUAUCCACCAUAGUAAGGUUACCCACAUUAACCUGGUUAUCCUGUUUAACCUGGAUAUCCACCAUAAUAGGUAACUGUAGUGUAACUUAAAUUUAAUCCAAAUUGCCAUGAGUAAUGAAAUAAUUUUAAGUUUAGUUGUCAUGGAACUGGAAAAAUAAUGAAAAAAGGUAAACAAAAAUACUGUAAAGACUGUUAUAAACAUGCUGGGUUAUGUUAUAAAUGUGGUGGAACUGGCUAUAAUCAAAAAAAGGGAAAAGUUUGUAAGUGUAAAAAAUGAGAGAU